ACAAGGCUGGAUGAAAAUGUUCCCAUGUUCCCAUUCCUGAAAUGGGGAACGCCGGGGCGUUCCACGUUCCCGGUGACUAUGGUUAUGGCUUCCCUUUUCCCUGACAUGAGUUGCACUUGUUGGGUGGCCUUCAGGCGAUGGAGGUGGUUUCCAUCACCUUCGGUGAUGUAUAACUGCGCCCGUUUAUCUCACUGCAUUGUAUCCCGAUGUGGUCUGAUAUCUGACAUGUUACUUUUCCCUAAUCUAUUAACAGAAUGGGUGGCUCUUAUUCAUAAGUUCUUGAUCACACAGAGUCGUUCAAAAGACCAUUUGUAGACUAGGCACAAGUUCGAUUCGCUUGUGCAUUAAGCCCAUGGCUGAUUGAAUUUCCGGUCUUUUUGUAGCACAAUUUUUUCCUGACUGAAAUGGGGUUUGGAUAUUAGAAUUGUCAAUUCGAUAGAUAGUUAAAGUGGUCAGCAAGACGGAUAAUAAACAAGUCGAUGCAUAAGUUCAUGUAUAUUAAUGCUACCAGACUAGCCACAUUGUAAACAAAUUCACACGAUCAUGUUUUAUGGGACGUAUCCUUAGUUUGGGAUUAUUUGAAACGGAAAGGAAUAACACAAGCCUAAUUGUUCUUGUUUCAGGAACCAGGAGGCACUGUAAAGUCUGAACAGCUGUAAUUUUUAUUAACUUCAGCAAGUCACUGGUAUAUUCAUCAGUAAAGAAACCAAGAAUCACGAUGGCACUGCGGCGAGCGCUGGGAUGGUCGGAAGGGGAGGUGAUGCGGCCAGAAUCAAAGCCCUGCUCUCGGUUGAUGCGGCAGACUGCUGGCAUCUUCUCCGUUGGUGGUGGUCUGGCUUUCUGGGUGCUCUGCCGCCUUCACUAUGGUCCAAGAAUAACAGUUCCAAGGAGUCUCAGGUGGGCGUCAUGCGGGGCAGUCUCUGUGAGCGCGACAUCAGCCCUGCUUGUGCGGCUCUUCAGCCCAGAGUGUGAACCUCAGAAUAUAGCAGCAUAUGACAAACCUGAAUUGAAGCCUGAAUAGCUUAUUUGAAAUUUAGAGUUAGUCUACUAAAUUCUAUCAUGUUUUUUAUCCGCUUAUGCAUUAUGGACAGAUGGAGCCUGCCAUGAAGAUCUAUGUUGUCACUUGAAUUUGUGUUACUGGCUACCGUGUAUGAUGCAUUUAUCUCCGAAUUAUGAGCUGUUGCGUUAACGAUC